GCCGGGAGCCCGAUGUGGGACUCGAUCCCGGGACUCCGGGAUCAUGACCUGAGCCGAAGGCAGUCGCUUAACCAACUGAGCCACCCAGGCGCCCCGAAUGGGUAUUUUAAAAAAGUAAAGUGUGUCAGGACCAGAAGAAUACAGUUCAAGGUGAUAUUAUGAAACAGAUCUGUUUGGCACCUGUAGGCGUUGGGAGUUGCAACUCUCAAUACUGUGGUCAUCGGAAGAGCUUUGGGUACGUCUUUUCACUGGGGGGCUAUGGUAUACCUUUGACAAGUUUUGAAAGGAGAUUUUCGUAGAGAAAGUGGAACAGAGAGAGGACAUGGGACCCCUCUCUCCCCCUUGCCCACAGCAGAGCUACUAAAAGGAGGAUCAGUUUGUUUAGACCCUGAGUCCAGUUGUCCAAAAGGCUGGGCUUUGGGAACUCUGCACCGAUUUCCUGGAGGAUUACCUCGAUCUGCCCACGGGCCAUCAUGCAACAGGGCUCGGGGAAUCGGACCUCGGGGUUCCUCUGCCACUUGUUGACUUGACCCUGACGUUGCCUCGAGGACACCCACUUCUUAUUUGGGGAAAUAAACUGCAAAUAAGCCACAGCCCAAACAGACCACACUCGUGGUUCCCUGGACAAGAGGUGCUGUGUUCUACCUGCCCAGUACUGCAGACGGUCCGCCGCUGGGCUCAUCCCUGCUCGUGAACUGCCUUCUGGUCUCUGCUUCCAGCCGUCCUUCAACUCCACCAUCUAAUACUUCUUUUGUGAAGCCAGGAGGCUCCGUAAAGGUUAAAAAUAAUUCAGCGAUGUUGUGCUGCGCAUAAUUGGCAGGUCGUGAGCCAUCUGGAGAGCAGGAGAACCAGUUCUCUUGCUUCUCUUGGUUUGGUCUGUUUACUCUGCUGGUGCCCGUCCCUGACGCUUGGGCUGGGAGACCUGCUGAGGAAUGCUUCCUCUGGGGUUCCGACGGGCACGGCUAUUUGUCAUGGCCUCAGAAGCUGCUUGGGGGCAGAUCAUUGCCUUCGAUGAGUUAAGGACGGAUUUUAAGAGCCCCAUAGACCAGUGUAACCCUGUUCACGCAAGGGAACGUCUGAGGAACAUCGAGCGCAUCUGCUUCCUCCUGAGAAAGUUGGUGCUUCCGGAAUACUCCAUCCACAGCCUCUUCUGCAUCAUGUUCCUGUGCGCUCAGGAGUGGCUCACCCUGGGGCUGAAUGUCCCUCUACUUUUCUAUCACUUCUGGAGGUAUUUCCACUGUCCAGCGGACAGCUCGGAGCUCGCCUACGACCCGCCGGCAGUCAUGAAUGCGGACACCUUGAGCUACUGUCAGAAGGAGGCCUGGUGCAAACUGGCGUUCUAUCUGCUGUCCUUCUUCUACUACCUUUACUGCAUGAUCUACACGCUAGUGAGCUCUUAACUCAGACCGCGCACGUCCUCCGAGGCUGAGUUCGCAGGAGCCGGGCCCAGACGGGGACGCAUGAGAGACAGCUGCGGACUGAGGGUUUCUGCAGCAGUGGUGGGCCAAGGGGCCGUGCACUCGGGGUGCGGUCCCUUCGGGACCAUGGGCCCUCUCCUGGGCGAGGACUGCUGCUUCCUGAGCAACACGCACCUCUGCGACAUCUCCGUGCCGUGCACGCGGAGCCCCGGGACCGCGGGGUGACAGGCUGACAGGCUGCACGGGGCCUGCCCAGGACGGAAUGACCCAGGAUCCAGGCCGAGUGUGUGGCACUCCCUGAGCCUCUCGUGUUUCUUCUGACUCCUGGCCAUGGCCCGCGCUUCCGUGGGACGGCCUGGAGGGCACAGACAUUGGCCUCUGAGCCCUGACCAGCCCCGAGCCCGCAGGCUGUUUGUGCACUCUGUGGUGGGAGAGCCGGCUCCGCGACGCCAGGAACACAGCGCGAGGCCGUCCGUCCAUCCUGAGUUAUGUCCAAAGUCAGGGGGAGGCGGGAAUCCGAGGGAAGAAUGAUUUUGUAAAAUGUUCACAGGUUCAAAGUGUUAGUUCUUGGCCCCCACGAACUGUAUUCUUGGGCUGUCAAUCCAGAGCACCACAGAACCCAUGAGCGCAGAUCGAUGGCUCCACACUGUCACAGCCGCCCCGAGUCGAGGACCCCGAGCAGCCACGCGCCCAGAAAGCACUGUGAUCCCUGCGCUGUGCCCGUGUGGCCGGCGGCCAGGAAGUGACACGGCAUGGUCAUAUGUUGCUGCAUCAUUCACGCGGGGACAUUCGCUUGUUGAGAAUUUUCCAUUUGACAGUCUGUCCUCUGUGGGUAGCCAUUGUUCUAGGAGCUUGUAAAUAAUGAUAAGGCUGAGAUGUUCCACGUUUGAAUUGGGCACAGUGAUUUCCACCUUGUUCCCCGAACUUGCUUGCUUGCUUCUGUUGGACACACACAGGCUGCUUAGGUAUAUACCUGUGUCUGGCUCCCGGCGGAGGCCCGUGACUCCGGUUUAUGAAUGAUGGUGUGACAUGCUGUGCGCACGUUUGCAUGCGGUGGCCGGUCCAGUGUCUCACCUACCUGACUGGUCUCGUUUAAACCCCAUGACAGGCUGCAUUCGGCUCUGCAGGGUUGGCACAUUAGAAAAAAAUCUUCCAAAAGGCGUUUUGCUUCUAAAAAUUGUAUAGAGAACAAAACUCAGACUUCCGCUCUGAGGCUGAAGGUAUAAAACCAGGGGAUUCUGGGCAGUAUUUUGGGGACCAGACUCCCCUUUGUCCAGGCUGGGUAGCUGGGGCUGGGGGGCGAGCUGCCUAUGGGGCCAGCUGGCCUUGUCUCUGACCCCAUUCCUGAGAAGACCGGCUGCGACAGCCCUUGACCUGCCAUACUUCUCACUCUGGAGCUGCUUUGUUUGCUGUUGUAUUUUGCCUCCUUCCAGAGAGAUGCGAAGUGGUCCGUAAUAGCAGACACAGGUACACAGGGACCACUGAAAUGGAAGUAGGGAGCUCAGACCCAUAGAGGAGGACCACCGACUUCCCGAGGUUCUGAUUCCUGAGACGGAACCUUGAACAUUGCCUUCUCCGCAGUGAAGGGUAGCCCACAUUUGCCUAGGUUGCUUUCAUGUCCUCUUUGACCUUCCUCACGGUCCUAUGAGGUCGAUACUCUUCUUUUUCCCAUUUUCUAAGGGAGGAGGCAGAAGCUGAGAAAGGGUAAGCGACUUACCCGUGGUCACUCAGCAGCCACAGACCUGCCUUUACACCCAGGUCAUCUGACUUCAAAACCCCAUGUCCUUUCCAUCACCGAGAGCCAGCGAAGUAGCUUAGGCCCCUGCGACAGUUGGAUUAGCGUACACUUUUGGAGAAAAGGAGAUUUAAAGACACAGAGCUAUAGACAAAGUGCCUGGUUUCUGUUCCUUCUGUGCAGGCCUCAGCCUUGCUUUGCCGUGGUGGGUUCUUCCCCGGGGGGUCCCCUGAAAGCUGGAAGAGCUGCAAGGGCACGAACACCCCAGUGCUCCCCUCCCACAAGCUGCGAACCCGAACCAUCUCCGCUGGUCUGGUGGGGGCUUGAGCUGGUUUUCGGGUCCUGCGAGAGCUAAUCAUGAGCGCAGGGGUGAACAGCUGCUGGAGCCGCGCUGGGUGCCAUGACCUCGCCUGGCCCACGGCGACCCCACAAAGCAGGUUGGGGUUACCGACCAGGAAGCCAGGGAGGCUCGGGUGGGUGAGCCUGCCCCAGGGACCGAGCCAGACCGGGGCUCAGGGCUGCGCCUGAGUGGGGGAUGGUGACCACAGCUCUGAACCGAGGUGUCGGCCGUUACUCCAGGCACUCGCCUCCUUGUGGCACUGUGGGGUCGACAUUACCUGUGUUUAUAGAUGAUGAUGUUCUGGGACCUCAGAGGCCCUCAGCGAGGGAGGGGCGGGCAGAGCUGGGGCCAGCAUCGAAGCCCGGUGUGCCCCCCGCCCCAUAACGUUGCCUGCUGGGAUAUCUUCACCUGUCCAUGUUUGUCCCACAGUCGGGGGGAGGGCAGAGCAGGGGACAGUGCCCUGGGUACAUCCCAAAGCGCUGAUGCACGGCUCUCCCUGCCCGGCACGGCUCUGGGCACCGGGAGAGAGGUUCUCAGGGGCGCAGGCAUCAGGGAAGGUGCCGUGGGGACCCGAUUCCCGUUUCCUUGGAGAGGCAGAGCCAUAGGCCUAGCUGUGCCCAAAGGGGCAGAGCAGAACUUGGGGGGGUCACUUUCCACGUCACUAAGUGAGGUGGAUGAUGACACCCACUACACUGACCUGUUAGAUUAAAUGAGGUCAUAUUUGCAAAGAACCGGGAAGAGUGCCCUGCACGUGGGAAGUCAGGUAAGAGAUGCCCCCUCUGUGGGAGGUGGGUCCCCCUCGCUGUCCUCACUGUGCCCUGUGUGCAUCCAGGUCCAGGGCCUCUGGAGGGAGGGGGACAUCACCUGGACCAGCUGCCCUCCUGAUGCCUUGUUCCGGCCGCAGUAUCCUGACCCCUCUUCCUCGAGCCGUGCUCUCCAGCCUGUGAUGGCCGCCCUCCAACGCUUGCUGCGUGCAGGCCCCGUGCAGGGCAUGUGCCCCGUGCAGGGCAAGGUCUCACCUUAACCCCCACAACAAUAUCGUGAAGUAGGGGCCGUCCCUGGGUCCGGUUCAUCGUUGAAGUACUGAAGCUGGUGGAGGUUACGUGAGUGAUGGUGACCAGUGAUGCAUGGAGCCUCGACUCCAACCCACGUCUCUUUGUCCCCGGGGCCUUGGGCACCUUGCAUUCCUGAAGGGGUGAUGCUGGACAGGGCUGGGGGAGGGAGAACGGGAGGGACGCUGUCCCAGGAGUGUGGCUGGCGCACCUGCUGUCUCCAUAGCCGGUAGCUCAGGGUACAUGACCUGGCGUUCGGGAGGGUCUGAGCUACGGGGUCUUGUGCAAGCUUCCUGAAGUUUCUGAGACUGAGCUGUCCCGUCCGUAAGGUGGGGCAAGACUACCUCCCUUGCUAGCGUGGUCGCGAUCAUCAAAAGUGAGUUAUGUGCGUAGGGCUUGUGCAGGGGGCUCAGCGCACCCUGGUGCUCAGCGCUCGGCUUCCCUCCCCCCCACAGAUGUGAAGGGAGCCUUCCUGGAAUUGAACGCUAGCUGCCCCCCAGUCUUGCGGCCGGCUGGCACAGAGCUCAGCCCUCUCGAGACCUCCUCUGUGCUUCCUGUUUGUAGGCUUGGCCAUUGCACUGAUGUUGAAUGAAGUUAUCGCUGUUGGGGCAGUUUUGUUCUCUCUCUCGAGAGGCGAGUGGAGCUGCUUUGACAACUGCACAGACCCCUCCUAACCCUUCCUGUUCCUGGGCUGGGGCUGCUCCUUUCCAAACUGUGCGCUGGUGUGAGCAGUCCGGGUUUCAGGCGUCCUGGGCUCCGAGGCUUAGGCAGAGGGCUGCAGCCGCUGUGCUCACCGGGGCGCGCCCAGGAGCCGGGCAGGGUAGCAGGCCCCCCGGGCUUUGCCCCACAUCACCACGGCCGUUUCUGCUCCUGUUCAGCUCUGCUCAGAUAGCUCUGGGCGCCCCAGGAGUGUCUUCCUGUGCUGAACCUGACCCCUCGGCCACCAUGUGACGCCCACGUGGGCUUCCUUCCCAGCUGGCGAGUGCUGGGCUGUGGGAGCCGCUUCUUACCUUUCUUAGGGCUCUUGCUCUGAGCACGGCCCUCAUGAAAAUGGCUUACGUAAGCUCACAAUGAAAUAAAUCAUAUUCAAAACAAAGGUAAUGUAGAGUCAAAACUCACCACCUCCUGGUUAUUUCAGGAUAUCUUGCUGUGCCCUGUGCUCUGUGCUGUGCUCAUGGGGGAUCGCUAUGUGUCUUCCCUGGGGUGCCCUGGCAACUUGAGAUCGACCCGGUCGGAGCGUGCGCACCUGCAGCAGAUCGCGUGCCCUCCCCUGCCUUGCAUGCCUCCCUCAGGCUCAUUGCUGGAUGUUGGGUACCUCAGUACCCAGGGUUCACGUCCGCCCGUCCACGGCAUGGCCACACUCCAGGAGCCCGUGGCCACGUGGCAGCUGGUGGCCAGCCCUGCCAAGGGCGUAUGCACCAGAGCCCAGUGUCCAGGGCCCUCGGGGCCGGACCUGCCUCCCACACUGGUAGUGACACCAGUGGCUC